AUGAUUUUAUAACAAAACAAUUAUGAUGGAUAUAAGGAAUUUGAUAUGAAUAGAAAGUUGAGAGAAGAAGAGAAGUAGGUGAGAGUGAUGAAAUAGGAGAUCAUGAAAUAGUAAUUGAUUGAGUAGCAAUAAUUGUAAGAAUAAAGAAAAAAGGAGUUAUAGCUAUAAAAGUAAAGGGAAGAUGAUGAAUAAAUUCAAUUGAUACGUAAAAAAUAAGGAGAAGAAAAGUUUCAAUAAAUAUAGAAUAGAGAAACUAUUAAAUAAAAUUUAUAAUAACAGAACUAUCUCAUUUUGAAUCAUCAGAAAAUAAUAAUUGAUGAGAAAGUAAUAUAUUAUUGUAUUUUUUUAGAAACAAGAAACAUUAAAAAUAGAGAAUGAUAUAAUCAAUAAUGCAAUAUAUGGAUUAUCAUUAGAAGAAUAAAUGAGAAGAUAGAAGAGAGAAAUGUAAAAAUAAAUUGUUGAAUAAUAAAUGAAAGAAUUACAAUAAAAAAAAGAAAAAGAAAAAAAAGAUAAAGAAUUUGAAUAAUUAAUAUACAAAGAAUAAACAUAAAAUGAAUCAUAAAGAAUUUAAAAAUAAGAAGACUCAUACAGAAAUGUAACUUAAUUCUAUAAUAUUAAUUAGUAUUACCAGAAAUUGUCAGAAAGAUAAAAUGUUUUAUAAGAUAUUUAUAGAGAAAAGGUUGAUAAUCCAAAAUUGUAGCUUGAUUAUAUAAUUAAUAAGCAAGUGAAAGAAAGAUAAGAUAAAGAAGAAAAUGAAUAUUUAACUUAGAGAUAACUAUAAUAAAAGUAGAAAUAAAUAUAUUAAAAUGGAUUGGCCAAUUAAAUGUAAGAGAAAAAUGAAAAAAAGAAAUUAGAAGAUAAUAUAAAAGAACAAAGAAAAUAAGAAAUUUUAUAAGCUUCUCUAUAAUAUGAAGAAUAACAAAGAUUAGAAAGAUUAAGAAAAAGAGAAAUUCAAUAAUAAUAUCAUUCACAAUUAUCUACUUUAGUAUUUUUAUAUAAUUAUUAUUUCUAGAGUUAAUCUUAGAGUAAUGGAAUCCUAAAUACUGAAGUUUCAUAAUCCAAUAUUUAUAAUCCAUUAACAAAUCCAAAUCCUAAUCAAAUUUAAAAUCCUUACAUACUUCGAUAAAUAUAAUACAACAAUACUAAUCUCCAAUCAAAUCCAUCAAUGAGUUAAUCAAAAUUAGCUUCUUUUGGAAAAAGCAGUUUAAUAAAUUGA